AUUUUCAUCAUGUCCACUGAAGAACGCCCUCCGAAACGGCCUCGAAACGACUAUGGGAGCUCCGAUGCAAGCGGUCCCCCUGCCCUACAGCGCUCAACCGACUACUGGUUUGACGACGGGAAUAUCAUCCUACAGGUCGAGUCGACGCAAUUCCGGCUUGCGAAGAGCGUAUUAGCGAUGCAUUCAUCCGUCUUCCGCGAUAUGUUCUCCCUACCGCUUCCCCAAGACGAACCACUAGUUGAUGGGUGUCCUGUUGUGAUCUUAUGUGGCGACCGAAGCGAGGACUGGACACAUCUUCUCGCUGCUGUGUUUCCGUUGCAACUCUUUCGGACGAGAAACCCCACAUUGGACCAACUGUCCGCCAUCCUGCGCCUCAGCAAGAAAUAUGACAUACCUCUGCCUCGCAGCGACUGUGUCCGACGGCUUAAAUGUGAAUUCCCUACCACGUUGGCAGAGCACGACCAGCUGGAUACGGGGUGGAUGCAUAUCGAAAUACCUGGUGACCUCUCGAUCACGCAGGCCCUUGUCCACCUCGUUAAUCUCGCCCGAGAAGUCGGAUUAUUUUCCAUACUUCCACUUCUCCUCUAUGACAUCAUCAUUGCCGCGGAACCCGGCGAAAACGAUCACGAUAAUCCUAAUGUUCUCCACCAUGCUCUACGGAAGCUGUCCACAGCCGACGAAAUCGCAUGUCUACGGUUUCAUGUCAGGCUCAUGCAACCGUACCAUCAAACACCGUUGAAGUGGAUUGAAAGUGUCCCUUGUGUCGAAUGUACGGCAGCCCCCAAGUGCUCUGUGAAAAUCGACCUCUUGCUCGGCCUAGCUCUGAACGCCCCCAACGCUUUGAUUCACGAGUUCUUGACCCAGUGGGAUAGUCAUGACGACUGGAGUAGCAAAGUUUGUGAAAAAUGUCUCAUCGUGGCCAAGGCUGUCCACGAGACUGCUCGGCAGAAAUUCUGGGAUAGAUUACCGUCGUUCUUCGAGCUUCCGGAGUGGGAGGAACUACGAAAGAUGGAUUUCGAGUGA